AUGAAUGGUGACUGCAAGCUCACGAAUUGCCGCUUCUCCCAUGAAGUUGGUGCUGCCAACAAUGGCGCUCAGCGACGCGUGAGAUUUGAGGAGACCGAAGAACAAAAGCAAGCACGCACUCAGUACGGUAGCUGGAAGCGGUAUCUCGGUCAGUCGUACACACCAUCUGACAUCUACACCAUGGAGCGUGUCUGGCAAGGUGCCAUAGACAUUCUUGAAGAAGACGAUCGUGAUUGGAAGCAGCAGCUGCCUCGCGACCUCGACAAGGACGAAGACAGGUGUAACGGUCGUGCACAUGUCAAGGCGCUGCUCGAACGACGAGCUAAGUCUACCGAUAUGGCCGGCUUUGUCGAAGUAUCGAAGAACUUCCUCGAGGUUAUUACACACCCUUCUCUGGUCGACUGUCUUGCUGUAGAUGAAUAUGUCAGCGGAAUCUACAGUUUCAUCGGCGGAGGCAACGGCACACGAGCUAUCGGAUUCUUCCAGCAUCUUUGCGAAACGAUGGUGACUGUUCAGAAUCACACUGAUGGCGCUUCAGUCUCCCAAAAGGCAUUUGAACAGACAAUCACUUGGCUCGCUAUGGCCUUGUACGAGUUACUGUACCGCAACCGGCGAGUGAGGCUACAUGAUGACCUGGACAAGUUUAUCAUUACUAUGGAGUGUGCGGCAGAGACCGUACCCGCGAGCCAGCCUUCGGUGACGACCACCAUAGUCAAGCGACGCCUUGCAGAUACCCGGGCACUCAUCGAUCGUGCGAAGGGUCUGAUCGCAGACAAAGGCUUGACAGAAGACGUACCGCGCACUUUCACGGCGUCCAUGUAUCCACGAGAUAUCGUGAUCCCGGCUGACCGACACGAUAAUGAUAAGCUGGACAUCUCCGAAAUCACCAUGUUUCCAACUCGCGAUGAGCUGAUGAGCGAUGCAAAGGACUUUCUACCCUCUACCGAUCCAGAUCAGCCGCACUUUCUAACAAACAAGGUAGAGAGGCACAUCGAUACAAAUUUCCGUCUCUAUCGCCACGAUGUGUUUGGGGAACUGAAGAAAGCCCUCUCCGGUCUCCUGCAUGCAGCAACUCAUGAUCCUGCUACAUUAUCCAAACCAAAAGCCCACCUUGGAGAUAUGCGAGCCUACCACUACCCUAAUGCGUGCAUCAGUUACGUCAGUUUCGAGGUUCGUCGCGGUCUUCAGGCAAAAAUAUCGUUUCCCCAGCCUUCUGGCGCACACCACCGGUCGGCCGAGCAGCGUCGCACUUGGUGGGAAGAUUCCAGGAGACUGGAAGAGGGCUCGCUUCUCUCUUACAUCUUCGUCCAAGGAUCCGUUGUGCAGCAUCUCUUCUUCACAGUCACUCAGAAGAGCACAAAUCCUGCCCAGAAGUUCGGUCUGGCAGACAGAGAUUUCAUGGCCACAAUCACCGCAAAAUUGGCCACGCAGAGUCAUUCUGCGCUUGAGACGCUGAUUAGUGCAAGUUGCGACAACGUCCACGGUGUCAUUCUGGAGUUUCCCAAUGUCCUGCCAGCAACUUUCGUGCCGGUCCUUGAGAACUUGCAAGAAAUGCAGCGCUUGAGUCGAUUGAGAUUCUCUCGAUGGCUUCUCCCAGAUCAGCACGAUGGCCCAUCGCAUCAAAAGAUCUUUCAAGACAUUCCCCCACCGGUGUACGCAAGAGAGGCCAGCUUCAAAUUCCCUCUAGCAUCCAUUUUGAGGGCAGAGGCAAAGGUUUCAGACAGCACUUUCAACAUCUCGGCGACCGCAUCUUGCUCAGAUACUGCCUUGAUCGCAGAAAUUGCGUCCAAGACCGCACUCGACGAUGGACAAUGCAGAGCGCUGGUCGCUGCUCUGACACGCGAGUUUGCUUUCAUUCAAGGUCCACCUGGCACCGGCAAAUCAUACAUUGGCCUGCAGGUGAUGAGGAUACUCCUGGCAGUCAAGAGAAAAGCUAGCCUGGGCCCAAUUAUCGUGGUAUGUUACACCAAUCACGCUCUUGAUCAGUUUCUCGAGCAUCUCGUCAAGGUCGGCAUCACAAAGAUCAUUCGCGUUGGCGGUCAGAGCAAAUCGGAACUCCUGGCUGAUUGUAACCUUCGUGACAUCACAAAGUCAGAAGGUAAGACAAAGGCUGAGGCAUACCAGUCAGCGAUGAUGUACAAAAAUCUCGAAGAACACGAAAAGGAAGUCAAUAAGAUCAUUGGUCGACUCCACGCAUCGAGUAAGAACGCGGACUGGAAAGGCCUGAGUCAUCACAUCUCCCGGAAAUAUCCUCAGAUCUACACCCAGUUCCAGAAGACUGAUGGAGAUGGAUUCACUGUUGCAGGACGACAUCCCUUCGAUAUAUGGAAACCUGCAAAGUCAGUUGCAGGCGCCGAGCUCGAAGUCGCGGCUACAGACAUCCCUAGCGUCCUCCGUAAGGCAAAUCUAGGAGUGCAAGCCUUGAAAGUGGCUGAGCGCUGCGUUCUACUGGAACGCUGGCUGUCUGAAAUCCGAGUCGAUGCGCUAGCAGAUCUCUCUAGGACUGUCGAUGAUGCCGAUGAGUGUUAUACGACCCUGAGCAAGGUCCACGACGAGGCAGACCGACGAGUUCUGUCUGGUGCAGACGUGAUCGGUGUGACAACGUCUGGACUGGCUAAGAGGAUAUCUGUGCUGAAACACGUCAGCUCGAAGGUUGUCAUUUGCGAAGAGGCCGGGGAAGUCAUGGAGCCUCACAUGCUUACUGUGUUGCUCCCGACUGUCGAGCACUGCAUCCAGAUCGGUGACCAUGAGCAACUGCGUCCAACCAUCAAUAACUUCCAGGAUCUCUCUCUUGAGAGCAAGCAGGGUGAAUUGUAUUCCCUCGACAGGAGCCAGUUUGAGCGCUUGUCGAUCGGUGAGCGUGGAAGACCUCUUAUGCCUGUAGCACAACUGGAAGUUCAGCGGCGUAUGCGACCUGAUAUCUCUACACUGGUUCGCGAGACAAUCUAUCCAAAGUUAGUCGACCAUCAUUCGAUCGUUACUUUACCGGAUGUGGUCGGUGUACGCAGGAACGUUUAUUGGCUCAACCACGACCACUUGGAGGACCAGAAAGAGAGCCUGAUACACCAUAACAAGUCAAGGUCGAACGAGUGGGAAAUCGGCAUGGUGCAUGCCCUCGUUCGCCAUAUCAUUCGACAAGGCGUUUACGGCAAAAGUGAGAUUGCGGUACUCACGCCAUACACUGGACAGCUUCAGAAGCUGCGCACUGCUCUUCGUAACGACUUCGAGGUUAUCCUGAACGAGCGCGACCAGGAGGCUUUGGAGAAGGAUGGCUUUGGUACCACUAGUCCUGACACGAUACCACAUCCACCUGCGAUUACUCGGGGCCAUAGGCACAAGCCAUUGGAGAAGAAGCAGUUGAGCGAGCUUCUCAAGGUUGCGACUGUCGAUAACUUCCAGGGCGAGGAGGCUAAGAUUAUCAUCGUCUCCCUUGUUCGCAGCAACAAAGAGAGGAACGUCGGCUUUCUGAAGACUUCCAACCGCAUCAAUGUUCUGCUCAGCCGAGCUCAGCACGGCAUGUAUCUGAUCGGAAACGUCGACACAUACAGCAGUGUCGGCAUGUGGCAGAAGGUUAUUAGCAUACUUAGAGCCAAAGAUUCGGUCGGACAAGCUCUUGCACUAUGCUGCCCGCGCCACGUCGACACAAUCAUCGAAGUUCACGAACCGGACGACUUUGCUACUGCCAGCCCUGAGGGCGGAUGCCGAGAAGCAUGCACCGACCGACUCGACUGUGGUCACAGCUGCCAAGCAAGGUGUCACUCAGAAGCCAUGCACGCUGCUUGGCAUUGCGAGAUGCCGUGUCAGAAACGACACUCUCCGUGUGAGCAUCCUUGUCAGAAGGUCACAUGUGGUGAAGACUGUGGCGCGUGUGUGGUCACGAUUGACAAGGUGCAACUACCAUGUGGUCAUAGCAAAGACCAAGUCCCGUGCUACCAGACUCUCAAUCGAGACAGCAUCCGCUGUGAUGUGCUUGUGCACAAGGAAGUGCCGGGAUGCAACCAUGCUGUCGAGCUCAAAUGCUCAAUUGAUGUCGAACAUGAGAAGUUCAAGUGUCCGUACUCCUGUUCAGAGGUGUUACCGUGCGGUCAUGCAUGCCCAGGAAGUUGCGGUCGCUGUGUUCAAGUGGAUCUCGUGGGUCAGAGUCACGUCGAACAUAUCAAAUGCACUAAAACCUGUGGCCGGAAGCACGGAACCUGCAACCACAACUGUGGGCGGACUUGCCAUGGGGGAAGCGACUGCGGUCUGUGUCAGCAGCCUUGCGAGGUUCGAUGCAAGCAUUCUGGCUGCAAACGAAAGUGUUUUGAGUCCUGCGCACCAUGUGUCGAGCAAUGUGUUUGGUCUUGUGAGCACCAAGGCGGUUGUACUAUGCCAUGCUCUGCAUCUUGCAACAGGCUGCCAUGCGAUAUGCGGUGCACGAAGUUGCUUGACUGCGGACAUCAGUGUCCAGGACUUUGUGGCGAAGACUGUCCAACCGACAUUUGCCAACAGUGCGGUAUGCGAGCAGAAGAGCAGCCGGAUCUCGUCACUAUGUUACCCUACAGGGAUAUCGACUUGAAUGACACUCCUAUCGUCGUUCUGGGUUGCAAAGGCCGGCACUUCUUCACCGUGGAGACACUUGAUGGCAUCAUGGAGAUGAAGGACGUGUACGAUAUCGAUUCGAAAUCAGGUUCCUACUCCGGCCUAAAAGAAAACGAGCAGUUGACCCCCUCGAUACCUCAGUGCCCGACAUGCCGAGAGCCUGUUCGCCAGUACGUCACGCAGCGCUACAACAGACUUGUAAACCGAGCAGUCAUCGAUGAGAUGUCGAAACGCUUCGUCGUAAGUGGACAGCAAGAGCUUCAGGACCUUACAAGUCAGCUGCAGAGAAUUGAGCAGAGCUUGGAAGAUACACGUCCAAAGCUGCUCAAGGUGUCUGCGCAAGACGUCGCAAAGACGAUCUCGGACCGAUACGUCAAGCCCAGCAAGCUCGAAACGAGUGCGCGCAACUUCCUGCAGAAGAUGGACGAACGCCAUAAGCCAUCUCACAAGCUCUACGAGGCCAUAAUGCACGUCACUAGCAAGUAUAGUGACCUUAGCGACACGAUGGCAGACAUGAGUCUCGACUCGACCAACCCAGUCAAGAAGCCGGAUCGUGACCAGCGUAUCACGCUGGGAGGUCGCCUCUAUCACCUCAAAGUGCGUCAGCUGAUCCUGAACGACAAAUUUGAAGUCCUUCGAAGUUUCAAAUCUCGAUCCAUUGACUUUCCGAGUGGAUCGCCAAUCGACCGAAGUGGUUCUUUCCUGGAUGACUGUGAACAGCUCAUCAAGCUCUGCAAGAAUGCCAACGCACCGAAGCUUGCAGUCGAGACCACGCUGUACUACGCUCAUAUUGCCCGCCUACUUGCAGCGUCAAGUGCAUCAGUUACUACAAAGGCCGCCCAGUACCGCGAGUCUGCCAAAGCCCUCCUCAAGGAAGCAGAGAUGUUGUGCGAGAGUGCCUUCCAGGGUCGCGACCAGCUUAAGGAAGGUAUCGAGCGAUCCCUUCAGCUGCUCGGCCGAGACUUCUACGCCGAGGUCACCAAGGAGGAGAUCGAGGCUAUCAAGCGUGCCAUGGUAAGUGGCCGCGGCGGCAUCGCCAGCCAUAGUGGACACUGGUACAACUGUGAAAAUGGGCACCCAUUCGCUAUUGGUGAGUGCGGCAUGCCCAUGCAACUUGCUCGCUGCCCAGAAUGUGGCGCCCAGGUUGGCGGCCAGGGCCACCAGGCGGUCGCUGGAGUCACUCGCGCGAGGGGGAUGGAGGGAUAA